UUUGCAGGAGGUUCUUCCAACUCGAUUAGGCUGAGUGAGCGCUAGAUGGGGUGAUAUAUUAGCGAGACUGGGAGGUUUUAACCUUAAGUGGGAGGAGCUCGCUUUAACUACAGGCAUUUGUUCUAGGGCAGGUCGCUUUAAUCUCUUUAGUUUGAAACUAUCCAACUCGCAACCCGCAUUUUUCUACCAGGGAUCUUUACCACUUUCAUGCAUACGCGGUUGGACCGGUGCAGCUAUUGCAAAGCAAAGACAAUCGGGCUUCUAGGCAUUUCUCAAAGCUCUUCUUCUGACUCUUUGAAAAUAACAAUAAAGUAAAGCAAUCCAUAACUAGUACUAAGUGGAUUUUCAGACCUUGAUAUAUAUAUAUAUAUAUAUUGUGGAAUAAACACCUGCAUAAACCAAAAUCAACCCAGCCUCCUUGCCAUGGAUUCCUUUAAAGGUGGGAUGAAUUUGGAAAGACUGCCAGAGAGUUUAAGACCCCAGCCUUCCCAUGACAUGGCUUCCAGCUUCCAUUUGCAAAGAUCUUCUGAAUCCAGAGAUCCGAUGGAGAAUUCAGCCAGUGAAUCGUCAGAUACAGAAAUCCCAGAAAAAGACCGGAGCGGCGAACAGAAGAGCGAAGAUGGAAACCCUGACGAUCCGGCGAAGAAGAAGAAACAGAGGCGGCAAAGAACUCAUUUCACCAGCCAGCAGUUGCAGGAGUUGGAAGCCACUUUCCAGAGGAACCGCUACCCGGACAUGAGCAUGAGAGAGGAGAUCGCUGUGUGGACCAAUCUCACCGAGCCCAGAGUCAGGGUCUGGUUCAAAAACCGCCGAGCCAAGUGGAGAAAGCGGGAGCGCAACCAGCAGAUGGACCUGUGCAAGAACGGCUACGUGCCCCAGUUCAGCGGCCUCAUGCAGCCCUACGAUGACAUGUACCCCGGCUACCCCUACAACAACUGGGCCACCAAGAGCCUGACCCCGGCGCCGCUCUCCACCAAGAGCUUCACCUUCUUCAACUCCAUGAGCCCCCUGUCCUCGCAGUCCAUGUUCUCCGCCCCCAGCACCAUCUCCUCCAUGAGCAUGCCCUCCAGCAUGGGCCACUCGGCCGUGCCCGGCAUGGCCAACGCCAACCUCAACAACAUCAACAACCUCAGCAACAUCAGCGGCUCCUCCCUCAACUCUGCCAUGUCCUCCCCCGCCUGCCCCUACGGGCCGCCGGGCUCGCCCUACAGCGUGUACAGAGACACUUGCAACUCCAGCUUGGCCAGUCUCAGACUGAAAUCCAAGCAGCACUCCACUUUCGGGUACAGCAGUUUGCAAAGCCCAGGAUCUAGUCUAAACGCCUGCCAGUAUAACAGCUGACGGACUAACAAGGGCCCAAGCAGCGUGAGAGAGGAAGCUCUGGGGGCUUGGUAACAAACCAAACAAACACGGACCAGAAAUCUUUUGCAAGAGACGCCAAAAUCUAAUACACGGAUGAGUUGCAAUUUUCCUCUGGAUUAUGCGGGUUGUAUGUGUUUACUUGAACUUGCACAGGAGUUUCUAAAGCGUCCACUUUAUUAUAGAGCUGAAGAGUGGAAGGGGAAGCCGGGGGUGGAUGGAUGGUGGUAAAGGUUGGGGCUGUGCUGCCCAGUUUGUGGUAGGGGAAGAGGUUUGGUUAAUGUUUACCACUGACAACAAAAAAAAGUUACGUGCAGAAUAAAUUCUGCGGGAAUAUGGUUAAAAUAUUAGGUAUGAAACUAUUAAAAAAAAACUUAAAGACAAGGUUCAACCACUUAAAUAAGGUUCUAUUUAUAUCUGCCGUUACAUUGUGCCAGAUCAUUGUGCUUGGCCGUUGAAUAAAAUGUUUUUAAAAUGCAUGAUUCUUGAUGUUUUUUCUUUAGUUGAAAGCUACGAUCCAGUCAUUCCUAGGACUAAGCAAGCUACAGGUUCCUACCUCUCUAGCCUUUCCAAAGGACUGCAGUAUCGCCUUUUCUGAGAAGAGCACAAAAAAGAAACUGGGCAGCCUUUUCUCCAUCCAAAAUCUUAGCCUGAUAAUGAAAUUAUCAGUCAUCUUUACUUAAAAAGUGUUUUUCUAAAAAAAAAAAAAAAAAAUUCUAGAGAGUCUAGAAAAAAAACACUAAGGACAAAAAAUGGACUGUCAUUAAGUGAAUCCUGAUACUGCAUCUCUACUAAAGACACGGAGCGAGUCUCGAAUGAUGAAAGGUUGCUUAGCAAUUCUGAAAAGUUACUUGUUUUUCUAGAUGUGAAGGAAGAACAAGGAACCAAAAAUAAUCUUAAGGUGUUAUGAUGUAAAUGUAGAUGCUUGUUGGCAAAAAAAAAUGGAAAUGAUAAAUAUGAUCUUUUAAAUAUUAAUACGCAUACAAAACGCAUAUGAAGUUUAAUUGCAGGCAUAUUUGUUGCUUAUUUUUGUCGAUACUUAUUACCUGUAGAUGACAAAGAAACAUAAUAUAAAAUGCACAAGGUAUGUCCUUUCCCAGUGUAUUUCACAUCUGUGGUAAACGUAACGCUGGAUGUUUCAAUAAUGCUGUUGUGGAUAAGGAUGCAGUAUAUAUUGUUUUAUAAGUUAUGUUUUGUGAUUUUUUUUUUCAAAAUUAAAAGCAUGGGAAUAAAAAACAAACUCUAGCAAUGCUUUUAAUGUUCUUUUCUGGCUAUAUUUAUGAUAUAUCUCAACUUAUAAUAAUAAUAAAAAACCUUAUAGUUUAUUCGAAAUUCAACAUCCAACAUUACCAUUCCGGGGAGUUGGCUUUUA